AUCUCGAACCCCGCCUGCCUCUGAACCUCUCCCAUUUAGAAUCCAAGGAGUAGACCCUCUCCUCUUUAGAACCCUGAGACCAGGCCAUGUCCCGGACCCCAUCCCCACAUCCUUAGGGACCAAAAGCGCGGAGAGGUGGGAAAGUAGAGGGUCUUCUCUGGAUCCUGAGAAAAUAGGGGCUGGGGGGCUGUUUCCUGCUGCCAGUGCCGGGCUCUAGGACCCAGCGAGCAAGUACGCCCGCCUCGCGCUUACCCCCUCCCACCGAACCACCCCCUUACCCCCACCCAUCUUCCAGGUUCCUCCUCCCUCCCCCCUCGCCCCGGCUCCCGGUGCCCGUCUCUAGCGCCGCCGGAGCCUGCGAGGGAGCCGGAGCGAACAGGAGGAGGAGGAGGCCACGUCGCCGCCGCUCGGAGCCCGGCCGGAGCCUCCCAGGUACAUGGUUCAGGUCCGAGCUGUGGUGAUGGCCCGAGAUGACUCCAGUGGGGGCUGGCUGCCUGUGGGGGGCGGGGGCCUCAGCCAGGUGAGCGUAUGUCGGGUCCGAGGGGCCAGGCCCGAGGGGGGGGCCCGCCAGGGGCACUACGUCAUCCACGGGGAGCGCCUCCGGGACCAGAAAACCACCUUGGAGUGUACCUUGAGGCCGGGCUUGGUUUACAACAAGGUGAACCCCAUCUUCCAUCACUGGAGCCUGGGUGACUGCAAGUUUGGGCUAACAUUUCAGAGUCCUGCAGAGGCUGAUGAGUUCCAGAAGAGCCUGCUGGCUGCACUGGCAGCACUGGGUCGAGGCUCGCUUACCCCCUCCUCCUCCUCCACCUCCUCCUCCCCUUCCCAGGACACUGCAGAGACUCCUUGCCCUCUGACGUCCCACGUGGACAGCGAGUCCUCCUCCAGUCACAGCCACCAGGAGACACCUCCCACCGCCACCGCGGCGGCCACCAUCAUCACCGUGGAGUCAGCUUCUGGCUUCGGGCCGGCCACGCCCCACCAGCGCCGCCGCUCCUCCGCUCAGAGCUACCCUCCACUCCUACAGUUCACGGGGAUUCCGGAGCCCUCAGAGCCCCUGGCCGGGGCAGGGGCACCGGGAUGGGGCGGCCGAGGCUAUGAGGAUUACCGGCGCGCCGGGCCUCCCGCGCCCCUCGCCCUGUCCACCUGCGUCGUGCGCUUCGCCAAGACCGGCGCGUUGAGAGGUGCAGCCCUGGGUACCCCCGCCUCACUGCCCGCCCCUCUCACCGAGGCUGCGCCCCCAGAACCCCCGGCUCGCCCACCCCCGGGCCCCGGCCUGGCACCUGCGCCGGCCAAGACGUCCCCGGAGGCGGAGGAGGCGGCGCGGUGCGUCCACUGCCGCGCGCUCUUCCGCCGCCGCGCUGACGGGCGUGGCGGCCGCUGCGCAGAGGCGCCGGACCCGGGUCGCCUGCUGGUGCGCCGGCUCAGCUGCCUGUGGUGCGCCGAGAGCUUGCUCUACCACUGCCUGUCGGACGCCGAGGGCGACUUCUCGGACCCGUGCGCCUGCGAGCCGGGCCACCCGCGCCCUGCCGCGCGCUGGGCCGCACUGGCCGCGCUCUCCCUGGCAGUACCCUGCCUCUGCUGCUACGCGCCCCUGCGCGCAUGCCACUGGGUCGCAGCGCGAUGUGGUUGUGCGGGCUGCGGGGGUCGCCACGAGGAGGCAGCGCGGUGAAGACGGUCUGGUGGGUCCGGUAGCCGGACCGAGGACCCAACAUUGAGGGUCCAGGACCCGGACUCCUUUUGGACCCAAAACCCAAACCUAGGCACAUCUGGAACUUGGAGCUUGAGUUUGGAUUGAGAGAACCUGGACCCCAAACCUAGGACUGAGAUCCCAGAUGCAUCUUCACUGGGAUGUCUGUCCAAGAGGUCCCAGGCAUCCUGAGUUCUGGCGUCCUUGUCACACCUCUUGAUCCCACCCCACCCCAACCUAAACUGGAGAGACCCAGACUCUGCACAUCAGGCAGGCUGGAGAGCACACGGACCACCUGAGAGUGGCAGGGCCCUGGAACCCCCCCCCCCCCCAUCAAAUAGCCAUCCCACACCUAGUCAUGCCUGGUACCAUGAACUGUCAGAUUACAGCCCCAGAAUUAGGAGUUAAUUCCUGACCCUCCCCCUAUUCAAUUACUCCCGGAUCUUGAGACCACAGGAUCCAGAAUCACGCAAAUGGUCCUUGAAUGCUCAUCUAAAAUCUGGGGUACCCGUAUUUGAGAUGUUCUUUUUGCCCCAGGACCCCUGAGAUACCAAACCCUCUUAAGAUACCCUGAGUCCUUGGAUAUGCUCAAACAGAUGUUCUCUGACCAAAAUGACUUGGGAGACUCAUCUCAAAGCCCCCACCCCCAUCUCUAUUCCAAAAUUGAGAUGUCAGACUCCAAGAUACUCUGGGAGCCGGGAAUCAAAGACGUCUGUAGGUCCACCCACCCCAAACUAGUCUUCCCAGGAGCUUUGAAUCUCAAACGUAGGACUCUCUGAGGUGUCUAGUAUCCUCAGAUGUAGGACUAAAGCCACCAACACCUCAGGGUCCCAGACACUGGUCCCAAGUCCUCUGUCCUCAUCCAAUCCCCUUUGUACUUGAAUUUCAAAUCUCAGAAGGUCCUGGAAUCUUUGACUUCUUUGUACCCACAGAUCCCUAAAGACUGGGGAGCCCAGCUCCAGGGAGAUGAGGUGUUCAUGGCAACCCACACCUCUGACCCCUCAGCCCCCAUCCCAUGAGUGACUCCAAGGUGCUUUAGGAGCACUGGAUCCAAGACCCCAAGGUGCCACUGACCCCCCAAAUUCAGAGCUCAAGCCUACACAACAUUGGGAUUGUCCUUGACCCAGGAUCUUGGUCGCUCCAUGCCAGAGACAUAUCUGAGGUACCCCAGGACCUAGCAACUUCAGAUCCUAGAUUUUUAAAAAUUUAAACCUCUCUAGCCUGAUAUUCCCUGAGAUCUGCUGCCCCUUGAAUCCUGCCAUACAUAGGCUCUUGAGACCCUUAAAUUCCCAGACUCUGAAAUUCUAAUCCCAGGGACUCCAGCCCAAGCCCCCAGCAUCCCACAGAACUACUCUUUUAGGAGAAAAACCCCACCACUUGGAGCUCCUGUUCCUAGAUUCCAGGGCCGUCUGAGAGCUCCUCCCCUCCCAUCGCUAGGUCCCAAGCAUUGCCAUAGACGAUUGUGCAGGCCAUGUGCUAAGUGACGGUGCACAGGCAAGGUGGCGAGCACGGCUGAAAUUCACAUCGCAUUGUGCUGGUCACACUGUGCCCUCAGAGGAAGGUGUCCAUGUGUGUGUGUGUGUAUCUGUCUCUCUCACACAAUUCCAGGCCUUGCAGACUCAGCCCCAAACCCAGCCUUGAGCAUUAGCCCUGGUCCAUGCUUUUUAACAUUCUGCCUUCUGUUAACCCCUUCGCUCCCAUCUUAGAGUUGGGAUUGCUUCAGAAAAUUUGAAAGCCUCUUUUAGACCUCUUUUCUGGGGAAGGGGGAUGCCACUAUCUCCUUUUCCUGAGUGGAAUGGGACUUCCAGGGUACCUUAGAUCUGAUGGCCUGAAGGGAGAUCAAGGUCUUGGAGCAAGACAAUCUCAAUAUUGUAUGGGCUUGGGACUCGCAUCUGGUCCCCUGUAUCUGGAGAUAUGCACUUAUCUUUCUUCAUUGCCCAGACUUUGAUGCCUUGUAGGGGGUUCAGGGGAUAGGUCAAGGGGAUCAAAGGGGUAGAGCCUUCUGUCACUUCCUUUAAAUUAUUAACUAUUUACUACAUCCGGAACCUGUGAGAUUCAGCUCUCCCAACCAGACCUGGAAUGGGUGAGAGAAAAGGGGGGUGUCCCUCCUAUCCCCACUCUGCCCAGCUCUCAUCACUGUCAGACCCACCAGAGCUGAGAGGGGAGGGACUGGGGGCUGGGACAGCCUGGGUCCCCAUCCCCCUCUCUGUGCCUCAGUCUCCUCCCUCCCCUCGUGGGCGGGAGGAAGCUCCAUUCUUUACCUACCUCGUUUUGGGGAGGGGUGGGACAGGGGACCAGAGUGCUGUAAGGUGCUGUGGGAUCUGCGGAUCAAGUGAUGGGGGCUGGGGAAAGGUGUCCCCCAGCCCCCACCCCCCAGCACCACCUCUCCCAGGUCUCCCAGUCCUGUUCCCUGCUGACACCCACCUCUGAUCCAUGAUUACUCUUCAUCACCCCCAAAGCAGGGGUGCAUGGAGGGCUGACCCUGGGAGCCAGGAAGACCUCAGAUCCUGGAGCCUCCAGGCCCAAUUUCCCAGCUGCUUGCCCCUCAGAUUGGAUGCUUGGCCCCCAGACCUGGGGAACGCACUCCAACGUUUAUCUUCCUGAUUUUGAUUCCAAGCCAGUCUGUGACUUCAGUAUUAUUAUCGUCAGUGCAGGCUGAAGUGGUGGUGGAGGAAGGGGUCAAAGACCCAGCCUUGUCAUCGGGGGAGGGGCAUGAGAUAUUCGCUCCAAAAAAAGUCUGUGACAAAGUCUCAGCCUGUGUUCUGUAUUUACAUUGAUGCGCCCCAUCCACUCACCUUGAACCACCAGUUUCCUAUCCAAUGUCUUUCUCCUUCACAUCCUGUUGUCCCCAAACAGGCCCUCCAACUGAGUUUUAUACAUUCAGUCACUCAACAAGUAUGUUUAUUGAACAUCCGUUAUAUAUGCCAAACCCUUUUCUGGGCACUGGGGAUAGAGCAGUGGACAGAACAGAAAAAAUCCUUCCCCACAGGGGUUUAUGAACUUCAUAGUGAAGGAGAUAAUAAAUGACAUGUUAGAAAUGAUCUUUUAAAGAGGGGGAAAAAAGUGGAGAUGGGGGAUUACAGUCAAUUUUAGCUAGGGUGGUCAGGGAGACCUCACAGAGGAGCUAGCAUUUGAAUAAAGCCCUUGAAUUGACUGAAGGAGGUGAGGGAGACCUGUGGAUGUCUUUGUGAAGAGCAUUUCAGGAAAAGGCCCAUGUCAGUGCAAGGCCCUGAGGGAGGAGAGCGCCUGGUAAGCUGGAGGGACAUCAAGGGAGCUUGAGUGUCUGGAUGGGUGGAAACAAGGAGGAGGGAAUUUAGGAGAUGAGGCCAGAGCAGGGACUGGGCAGAUCCCUGUGGCCUUGCAAGCCACUCCACGGAAUUUUGUGUUCACCUCAGUGAGAUGGAGCUACAGGAAGGCUCCAAGCACAGGAGGAAUGUGCCUGACUCAAGUGUUCACAGGUUGCCUCUGGUUGCCUGACACUAGGGUGGGGGUGGAGGGUGGCAGUGAGCCAGGGAGAAGGCCACUGUGAUGAUGCAGUGGGGACAAUGGUGUACAGGAUCAGGAAGAGAGCAGUGGAGGUGGGGAGAAGUGGGCAUGAUACUGCAUCUAUUUUGAAGGUAAAGUUCACAGAUUUAGAUAUGGAGUUCUCUGUAAAGAAAAAUCAAGAUUAUGAUUCUAAGGUUUUGGUCUGAGCAAUUUUUAAUGUUUCAUUAAGGUCAACAAAUGACCCUCUGAGUACCUAGCUUUGGGGUAGGCAGGGCUGUGGAGGAACCAGAUUAAGGGCAGGGUCAGCCCCUGAGCAACAAGUUCUGGCCCUUGUUCUAGGCUCUACUCCCAGACCAUCCCGGCUCCCAGGAGAAUUAUCUAGGAACUACUAGAGAUUAGGAUAGAGUCGGCAAGAGAUUAAUUCUGGAACGAUAAUUUCAACAACAUCAACAAAAGCAGUAACAAUAACAGUAAUAAUAGAUUAAGUGGUUAAAGCAGAGACUUUGGAAUCAGAUCUGACUUUGAGUCCUGGCACCACCACACAUUCACUCUGUGACUUACCCUCUAUGAACCUAAGUUUUCUCCUCUGUCAAAUGCAGAUAAAGAUACUGAACCCAGUAGCACACACAGAAUGGUCAAUAAUUGUUAUUCUUAACUGAGCAUCCCCUGUAUGUCUACUAAACUCUUACAUACAGGACUCUAAUCCUCACAACUUUAAGAGGUAAGUAGUAGUAUUAUUCCCACUUACAAUGAGGAAGUAACUGUCAAGGACACAGACGUAGAUGGUGAGUGGUGGAGUCAAACCCUAACCCUUGUAGCCUAACUCCUACGGUGCAAUCUCAUAAUCACCAUGGCAUAUUGCACGUGCUCCCUCUGUCCAAGAGCUAAGGGAGGCAGAAGGGAGAGGACCAAUGGGCGCCUUGUGAUUGAUGAGGGAGGGGGGCCUGUGUUGUGUGUGCGUCCCUGGGUCCCUGACAUAAUUCCAUCCCUAAGUAGGAAAGAAGUUUCUGCAUAUGGAACGAAGUUGAGAGAACAACACUAUCUAGAGUGCUUUAAGAACAGAGGGCAUCUGAGGGAAGUUGAGGAAAAGAAAACCGAAAUCGCUUCUGUGUCGCAGUAGCAGCGACACCCGCUGGCCCUUCGCGACAGCGGGAAUGCUGAACGCACGCCCUGGAUUUACAGAGCCAGCGGCGUUUAUGGAGCCCUGGAAGUCUGGUUUUCCUAUGUCUCAGCGCCGGCAGACCUGGCGGCGG